GUCUUUUCAAAGCACCGCCGUAUUUCUUGAAACGUCAUUAACUCUAAACCAGAGUCUCUCAGCGCCAAUGCGCUCCACAAACUUCAGGCGGCAACACCGGAGUUCGGAAAUUUACUACCUGCAGCGGAGUGUUAGGGUUUUCAAAGAGCGUUGCAUAUCUGAAUGGUUACACAAGUAUCGGCUUUGUGCCCGCCUUGUUGUGGCUUUCUGUUUAGAAUGCAUAUAUGCUCGCAGAACAGACAAGUGCGACACUCCUCAACCUCGUUCGGAGUGGGAACGGUAAAAUACUUGAUCAUACUGCCUUUUGUAUAAGGGCAAUACACUGACCUCUUGGACCAGCAGAUCUGCGAGCAUCAUCUACCUCGAGAGAUAGGUUAAACCAAAAUGGCCUCAUCUUUCCUGAGGGACGAAACCUCAUCUCAUCCAAAAGGUGUGGAGGCAUCACCACCUGACGAUUUACCUGAAAAUCAGAAGGCGAAUGCUGGCACCGACUCCCAGUCAACCCCAAAGCCAUGGGAUACCAUCGUGAAAUACCAAACCUCAACCAAUGGCGCCGAAUCGUCCUGGUGGCGGAACAUUGGCCCACUCCUUGGUCGGUUGCUGCAACUAACAGGCUACUCUGUGCCUAUGCAAUUCGAAUAUCUACUCUUCGCGCGGAAUCACAUUGUCCCCGCUCUCGGACCGUAUCCGCAGCGCUGGCCAAGCGUUAUGACCUAUACCGACCUGCCGAUUGAGAUGAGCGUUAAUUUCCAGGAUCACAAUGCAUCGACUGUUCGUGUGGGCAUUGAGCCGAUCUGUGAGUUUGCGGGAACAUCUAGUGAUCGGUUCAAUCAGACUGCUACGGAGCGGCUGGUUGGUCGACUGUCUACAUUGGGAGGACUCGACCGCAUGCUGUACCAUCAUUUCGUUAGGGAUUUUGGAAUCACUGAGAUGGAAACAUUGAAGGUGAAACAAGGGGAGUUUAAGAGGGACUCAGUGCAGUCGAUGUAUAAUAUAGGGUUCACCUUUAAGAGGGUUGGGGCAGCUAGUGUGGAUACGAAGGGGUAUGCUUUUCUCAGGCUCAAGGAGAAGGCGUCUGGCGUGCCUAUGCAACGAUUACUCCGUGAUUCAUUGAGCCAGCUAAAUGUGACGGCAGAGAGAAGAGACAGUGAGGCAGUUCAGAAGGUGAUUGAGUACAUGGAAGAAGGCGGGGGAUUCAAUGAGUACACAUACCUGGCUUGGGACUUUGUCGAUUCGGCCAAGUCCCGAAUCAAGGUUUAUGGGGUCCUUGGAGAUUUAAGGAUGGAAAAGGUAAAGGAGGUAUGGACCAUGGGUGGAAGGCUGAAGGAUUCGGCUACGAUGCAGGGCCUGGAGUUGGUCCGACGGCUAUGGGGAUUUCUGGAGGGCAACGGUCAACAAGGACAACAUCCUUCUAAGGCGCCAAUACUGAUGUGGAACUAUGAAAUCCGACCGGGCCGCGACGAGCCCAUCCCGAAGCUGUACCUCCCACUUCUUGGGAGGAACGACAUGUUCGUGGCCAAGACGCUGGCGCGCUUCUUUGACUCGCUCGGAUGGGCGGACGAGGCUCGGAGCUAUGUGGCUAACGUGCAGUAUCUGUUUCCGGAUGAAGACCUCGAGCAGUCUGCCCGGCUUCACUCGUGGGUGUCGCUAGCGUAUACCAGCCAGGCGGGGGUCUAUGUCGUACGCGGAUAUAGACUACUUCCUAAGUAA